UGACAACACUCUUGUCUCUACUCCCUGAUAAAAUGUUUUUGAAAUUCAUAAGAGACUAGUAAUCUACAGGACAAAAAUCGAAAUGUUGUAUUCUAAUAUUGACGGACUCCCCGCCGAUUAUAAUCAAUCGAUUAAUCAUCAUUCAAAUAUUGAAGACCAUGGCGGUUACUGUCUUCGAAGAACUAAUGAAAAACGCACAACAGUUACCGCGGUGGAGAAAAAUCAUUGCUGAAAACUUAGAUUUGGAUUAUUGUGAGAGAUUUUUGACAGCGGCUGAGAGCGCCAUUCUCCUGAAUUACAUGGAGAACAAUGUGAGUUAUUUUGACGGUCGACUUUCGCAGGUUAAAGUCUUCGGACAGUAUUAUCCCAUACCCAGGCAGCAGGUUGCGUUCGGCGACCCAGGUGUAUCGUAUAAAUUCUCUAAUACGGUUGUACCAGCUCAACAAUGGCCUCAACCGCUGUAUGAUCUGAAGAUGAAAAUUUGCACCAUCCGCGGAGUCGAUUACAAUUUUGUUCUGGUCAACAGGUAUAAAAAUGGAGAGGAUCAUAUGGGUGAACACAGGGAUGAAGAAGUAGAAUUGGACAAAACAAUACCCAUUGCAUCUGUAUCAUUGGGACAGACAAGGAAAUUUGUGUUUAAACAUACCGAUGCACGGAAGAAGAUAAGACAAGUAGAACCUAUAAAAUUAGAUUUACAUGAUGGCAGUCUUUUGAUGAUGAAUCAGCCUACAAAUAGAUAAUGGUUUCACUCAAUUCCCAAAGAAAAAAAAGCAAAAAAUAUUAGGAUUAAUUUCACAUUCC